AUGGGGGGUGCCAGUGGGGUUGGGAAAGGAGGAGAACACAGAGCACGCGUGGCUUGGAGCAGACGUGCGGUUGGGGCACUGCUGCUUGUUCUUUUUCAGAUGAUAGAUGUCUUCUUCUUCCUCUUCCUCUUUGCUGUGUGGAUGGUGGCCUUUGGAGUGGCCAGGCAAGGCAUCCUGAGGAAGAACGAGCACCGCUGGGAGUGGAUCUUCCGAUCGGUCAUCUACGAGCCCUACCUGGCCAUGUCUGGCCAGUGCCCUGAUGAUGUGGAUGGUACCACCUACAACUUUGAGCUCUGCACCUUUUCUGGGAACGAGUCCAAGCCCCUGUGUGUGGAGCUGGAUGCCAACAACCAGCCCCGCUUUCCUGAGUGGAUCACCAUUCCCCUUGUCUGCAUUUACAUGCUCUCAACCAACAUCCUCCUCGUGAACCUGCUCGUGGCCAUGUUUGGUUACAGGGUUGGAUCAGUGCAAGAGAACAACGACCAGGUGUGGAAGUUCCAGCGUUACUUCCUGGUGCAGGAGUACUGCAGUCGCCUGACCAUCCCCUUCCCUUUCGUCAUCUUUGCCUCCAUGUUCGUGGUGAUGAGGAAGUGUUUCAAGUGCUGCUGUCAGAAGGAAAGCAAAGAGCCAUCCAUUUGUUGUGAGUUGGAUUUGUCCUCACUGCCCAGAAGCCGUCUCUGUGGCAGGUGCAUUGCAGUUCCUGCUUGGCAUUCUGUGCCCAAUCCAGGCAGUUG